UCUAGUAAAGUGAAGUAAAGUUUUAUGUUAUGUUGGUCGAUCGAUGCUCUAACCUACAAGAAAAAUAGUGAAAAACACAAAAACUCAACAAUGGAAUAGAGUAGAGUAUUUAUAUUUAUCAAGUGUUUACUUGCACAAUAAAGAUAAUGAUUAAAAUAAAAGAUCUUAGUAUGAAUAUGGAAGAACAAUCGGAAUCAAUACGUGUUGAAAGUAAUUUCCUUGACCGACAAAAGCAAUUAAAUGACCAGUUAAGUUUGACAGAAAAAUCAUUGAAUAAACAUCAGAAUCACAAAGGUUCUUAUGUACCAAGAAUAGAAGAUUUAGCGCCCAGGACUUACAGAAAGGAUAGAAUUAAAGGUUUUAGAGGAAAGGAAAGUAUAUUCAAACGUCCUGAUGCUCCUCCACCUCGAUUGCAAAAUAAAAAUAUCAUUCCUGAUUUCCGUAUCAAUCCACACAAAUAUACUUAUUACAACUUGGAAGAUGUGCCUGAUAUUUCAGAUGAAAGUAACAAAAAAGCUGCUCUUUCAUUUUUGAAUGAAAUGAGAGAAAGAAGAGAAAAGAAAGAUCAAAAACAGAAAAUACAAGAUAGAUUACAAAAUGAAUCAAUGGAUAUUGAUAAUGAUGAUAUUAAUAUCACACAUGAUAAGUCUCUUUCAUCAAGUUGCACAGUUAAGUUCAAUAAACCACUGAGAAAGAAAGAAAAAUUAACAAAUGAUAAACACAAACUAGAAUUUAGAAAUAAUGUGAUAGUAAUGCCAGAAUAUGAAAUUGGAACUAAAACUGUUCCAAAGAAAAAGAAGUUACAAAAGAGUAUAAUAUCCGAGAAAGUUGAUAAAAAUAAACAAAUGAAGCUAGACCAUCUUCAAAAGUAUAGUGAUGAUGAUGAAGAAUAAAGAAAAACAAAUUUAAUUUUUAAUAUUUUGUAUAUAGACAUAUUACUACUUAGUUUAACUUAUAAUCGUUCAAUAAAAGACUUUCUUUA